AUGCACCGAAUGGUUCAAGAAGCGCGUCUGGUAGCCAGCCUAUCAUCGGCGAAGCAGUACUGGCGACUGCUCCCCAAGGUGUUCUUCGUGAAUGGGGUGGUCGCUGAGGAGAAGGUAGUCCGCUUUGCCCUCUCCUACAUGUCCAAGGACUCGGCGGCCUCCUGGUCUGAGCGCAUGUCCGAGCGCACCCCGUUCCCGUUCCCCACUUGGGCUCUGUUUGUCACUGAGUUCAAGCUCCGAUUUGUCGAGGAGAACGAGCAAGACCACACCUUGGCGCAACUGGAAACCCAUCAGUAUUAUAUGGGCUCCCGCAACAUAUUCAAGUACAUGGACGAGUACGACGACCUCCUUGACCUCGCUGGUUAUACCGACAACUUGGUCAAGGUGACCAAAUAUAGGACGGGCUUGGACCCGAGGAUCAACCAAGCCAUCACCACCUCUACGCCGAGUGGCGUGUCCGUGCGUUCCGGCAGUACAAUGCGGAACUCGCUGCCAGAGCUUCUCGAGGCCACACAGCGCCUCCUUCUCGGGCGCCUGCUGUUGCCCCCCAUCCUCAUGCCCCGGUGCUCCCUGCUGUAG